ACAGGAGAGGGAACACUGAGAGCAAAUCAAAGAUGGACCCGGGGAAAUCCAACCUGAAGUUCUGACCUCUGGAUUUCUCAGGACUCUUCUCCCUCUGCACAGUUUGGAUCCAUAUCUUUUGUGGAAACUGGAUUCAUGUCGGAUCAGGUUCACAUCUGGGAAAAGCUCGUGCCAACAAUUCUCCAGGUUGGAUGAUUAUUCCUGAAAACAUGGGGAAGUGUUUUCUUCAGCAGCGACAUCAUGAGCUCUGACCAGGACGUCUCGUUGGCUUGUGUAGCCAGAGGAGGACGACAUGCACACACACUCUCUUUUCAACACAAACUUGUAGCUCACACAAAUAUGGAGUGAAACUUUGGAUUUUUAUUUCUUCCACCUUUGGCUUGGGGAAAAAAACCACGAAUCAGAGCACAGGUCAUUAACCUCACACGGGACCUGGACCCUCAGUGGGGCGCACACAUGCACCAGAGAGCGAGCGAGGCGGUCGGCUGACUCAGCUCCAAUGGGGGCCGGUGGCGACCCGGUCUGACCCCGGUUUGACCUUGCAGUGACCUCUGACCUCUCCGGUCCUGGCUCUCCACCUGCUCUGCUGCCUGGGUUCGGGAACGCUCCGCCCCGGGGCCCAGAACGAGCCAAUCAGAAUGAAGAAGAGCCGCAGCGUGCUGUCGGUGACUGGAGAAGAGGGAAAUGGCGCUGAUGGAACAGGUGCCGGGGAGAAGGCGGAGUCAUCGCGCUACAGCAGAUCUUACACAUCUGGGGCCACCCUUGGGGCCGAGCUGCGCAGAGGGCGGAGCAGGAGACUCUCAUCAAGUCUCCAGGUGCCCUGCUGGCUCCGCCCUCGAGAUCGCACCCGCUCACCAGAGGUCCUGAGCAACGUGUCCCGUCCCACAACUCUCCCUCUCCGAAUCCCACCACGCAUCUCCAUCACGCAUGCCGACACCGACAGCUACGAAACAGAAAAUGGCGUGUCGCCAGGUCACAGCCCGCUGGGCUCGCAGAGUCCAGGCCUCACCCUGCACACCUCCUUCCCCUCGGGCCAGAGACGAGAGUCCUUCCUCUACCGCUCGGACUCGGACUACGACAUGUCGCCCAAGACGGUCUCUCGAAAGUCCUCCCUCGCCAGUGAAGGGCACACGUCCGAGGACUUCAUCGUCACACCUUUCGCUCAGGUACUGGCCAGUCUUCGAUCAGUACGGAGCAACUUCACCAUCCUCGCCAACGUCUCCACGCCAACAGUCAAGAGGUCUCCUCUGGGCGGAGUGUGCGUCAGUCCCAGGGCGACACUGUCAGACCAGCAGUACCAGCAGCUCGCCCUGGACACUCUGGAGGAACUGGACUGGUGCCUGGACCAGCUGGAGACCAUUCAGACCCACCGCUCCGUCAGCGAAAUGGCCUCCAACAAGUUUAAGAGGAUGCUGAACAGAGAGCUGUCCCAUCUGUCGGAGAUGAGCCGCUCCGGUAACCAGGUGUCUGAAUACAUCUCCAGCACCUUCCUGGACAAGCAGAACGACGAGGAGAUCCCGUCUCCCACCCUGAAGGACAAACCCAUGAGUCACAUCAGCGGUGUGAGGAAACUGUCUCACAGCUCCAGCCUCUCCAGCAGCUCCAUGCCUCGCUUCGGGGUCAACACCGACCACGAGGACGAGCUGGCCAAGGAGCUGGAGGAUCUGGACAAGUGGAGCUUCAACAUAUUCAGAGUCGCAGAAUUCUCCAACAACAGACCGCUCAGCUGCAUCAUGUACACCAUCUUCCAGGAGCGCGAGCUGCUGAAGACGUUUCGAAUCCCACUCGACACCUUCGUGACCUACGUGAUGACCCUGGAGGACCAUUACCACGGAAAUGUAGCGUACCACAACAGCCUGCACGCGGCGGACGUCACCCAGUCCACACACGUCCUGCUGUCCACACCUGCCCUCGAUGCCGUCUUUACCGACCUGGAGAUCCUGGCCUCUCUGUUCGCUGCAGCCAUCCACGACGUGGACCACCCUGGCGUCUCCAAUCAGUUCCUCAUCAACACCAACUCAGAACUGGCCCUCAUGUACAACGAUGAGUCCGUGUUGGAGAACCAUCAUCUGGCCGUCGGCUUCAAGCUCCUGCACCAGGAGAACUGUGACAUUUUCCAAAACCUCACAAAGAGACAGCGCCAGAGCCUCCGCAAGCUCGUCAUCGACAUGGUGUUGGCCACAGACAUGUCCAAACACAUGACCCUGCUGGGUGACCUGAAGACCAUGGUGGAGACGAAGAAGGUGACGAGCUCCGGUGUUCUGCUGCUCGACCACUACACAGAGCGAAUACAGGUGCUGAGGAACAUGGUGCACUGUGCCGACCUGAGCAACCCCACCAAGGCGCUGCCGCUCUACCGACAGUGGACGGAGAGAAUCAUGGAGGAGUUCUUCCGACAGGGCGACAAAGAGCGAGAGAGAGGGAUGGAGAUCAGCGCCAUGUGUGACAAACACACAGCGUCUGUGGAGAAGAGUCAGGUGGGUUUCAUCGACUACAUCGUGCAUCCGCUGUGGGAGACGUGGGCCGACCUGGUGCACCCGGACGCCCAGGAGCUCCUGGACACGCUGGAGGAGAACAGGGAGUGGUACCUGAGCACCAUGCCCCAGUCUCCCUCGCCUCCCCCGGACAGACACCUUCAGCACGACCGCUUCCAGUUCGAAAUCACCCUGGAGGACCUGGAGCACAACAACCACCAGCACGUGCACCUGAAGAACAGCAAUGGCGGGGGGAUGGAGAUCUGUGAGGACCGGGCGGAGCCGAAUGGCGAGGGACAGAACCACGUAGGAGCUGACAUGGAGGAAGACGAGGAGAAUCACAACAGUAGACAGAAUGGAGUCCCGGAUGAAGAGGAAGAGGAGGAGGAGGCCAGAGAAGAGGAGGAGGACGAGGAAGAGGUACAGGAAAACAUGGAACAGGAAAAUGGAGUGGAGCAAUUAGAAGAGGACGGAGCAGAGCAGAUGGAUGAAAUGGAAAAGCAAGAAGAUGAGGAUGGCGAGGAGGACGAGCAGACCAAAGAGGACGAGGAGGAGAUCGAGAAAAGUCAGGAGGAGGAGGAGGAGGAGGAGACCAAAGAGGAAGAGGAGGGGAUUGAGAAAAGCCAAGAGGAUCAGCAGGUGGAGGAGGAAGAUGUAGGAGAAAAUGAGGAGGCAAAGGGUGAUGAGGAAGAAAUUGUAGAAAAGGAGGAGGUAGAAGGAGAAAUAGAUGGAGAGAGAGACAGUGAGGGGGAAGAGGAAAAUGAAAUUGAGGAGGAAGAGAUGGAGGAAAAUGUAGAGGUGGAGACGGAGGAACAGGUUGAUGAAGAGGAGAAAGUGGAAGAAGAGGAGGACGACAAAGUUGAGGAAGAGGAGGGUGAGAAUGAGGAGAAAGUGGAAGAAGAGGAGGGAGAGACAGAAGAGACUGUAGACGAUGAAGAGGGGAAAGGAGAGGAGGAGGAGGCAGAGGAGGAGGGAACAGGAGAGGAAGAGGAGGCAGAGGAGGAGGAGGGAAAAGGAGAGGAAGAGGAGGCAGAGGAGGAGGAGGGAAAUGGAGAGGAAGAGGAGGUGGCAGAGGAGGAGGGAAUAGGAGAGGAAGAGGAGGUGGCAGAGGAGGAGGGAAUACGAGAGGAAGAGGAGGUAGAGGAGGUUGAGGAGGAGGAGGCAAAAGGAGAGGAAGAGGAGGCGCCAGUUGAGGAAGAAGAAGAGGAAAGUUAGUAGGGUGUAAAAUCACAACUUGAAAGCAUCAGUGAGGAAAAAGGUGAAGAGAUGAAGACGUGCGUAACGAGAUCCGUUGAGGCUUCGACAGUCAGCUGUGUGUGGCUGCUGAGGAAGAGGAUGAAGAGGAGGAAGAGGAGGGAGAUUCCUGCACGAGCCUCUCGGUCACAGACGUCUUAACACGAACUUCAGAUCUCACAGAGGAAGCGGAGAAGGAGAAACUCUCCCGAGCGAACGAGCGUCUGAAUCCGCCGGUCGAGACCCAAAGACCUUCAGAGUCUUCAUCGCCAAGUCUCCGUACAUCCAUCACUGCCGCGGGCGAUGAAGUGUGUGUG